AAGAUCAUAUGACCAAAUUGAAGUCGUAUGAUCAACCGUCUCUGGUAUGAUGUGAAUUGUAAUCAAACCGCUGUCUGCAUUAACAGAACCCCAGGACACCGUGUUCAGGAAACUCUUCUCUGCGGUAUGUAUGAAAAAUAUGUCCGCUAACUAUGUUGUGCUUUCGUUUAUUUUGUAGGUGACCCACCCAGCAUGAACCGACCAGCCCCCGCUCACAGCCCCACCUGCAGCUGAGUCUCUCCUGAGCCUGAGCUCCAGUGACCUUCCUCAAACACCAUGGAUCCUGGCCAGCAGACCAGCUCUCUUCCCCAGUCCUGUGCAGAGGACUUUUCAUGGGACCACCGCCUUUAUCUUACUUGCCUGGGCUUUGCCUUCUAUGCAGGGAUAUUCCUCUUUUCCCACCUCCUGUCUGUGGCAUUGUCUCACACCUACAACUCCCUGAUAGCUAAAGAGAAGGUUUUCUGGAACCUCGCAGCAACUCGGGCAGUGUUUGGCAUCCAGGGUACUAUAGUAGGUCUCCGAGCCCUGACUGAGGACUCUGCUUUAACCAGAGACAAAGUGAGGGGACAAGAAGACUGGUCGUGGUUCAAUGUCCUCACAGCCACAGGUUUCUUUGUGUUUGAAAAUGUAGCACUUCACACCUCCAGUGUGGUGUUUCGGUCAUUUGACCUCCCACUGGCGACGCACCAUUUCUUUGCUCUGUCCGGAUAUGUAGGAGCCUUGGUGUGUGAUUCCAUGGGCCACUUCCUGCCAAUGGUGACACUGCUGCUAGAGAUGAGCACGCCAUUCACCUGUAUGUCCUGGAUGUUGCUGAAGGCUGGCUGGGCACGCACCCUGUUUUGGAGAGCCAACCAGUGGGUGAUGAUCCACACAUUUCACUGUCGCAUGGUGCUCACUUACUACAUGUGGUGGGUAAGCCUUACCCACUGGGAAGAGCUCAGCACCCAUGUGGUCCUUUUCCCGCGCUUGGUCUUCUUCACUGGCCUCGCUCUACUAACGUGUGUCCUCAACCCCAUCUGGACGUACAAGAAGACCUUGCAGCUGCUUAAUCCUGUGGACUGGAACUUUGGAAACAAGCCGGCACCCCUAAACAGUGCCGCAGAGGGUCACUCCGAGGUUUCUGUCAAACCCCACACCAGCUGAGGCGUACCAAAGAAGGCACUUCCUAUCACAGGAGGCCGUAUUUUUGAAAACUUUUUUUUUUUAUUUUUUAUAUUAGAUCAUGCAUGAAAUGACUUUUAGAGGCAUGAUAGUAAGAAAGGUGUUUUUUAAGAUUUUUCUAUUAUGCUACUUGGUUUACACAUUAAGACCCUUGUGCUAAAAGUGAACUUUGCUAUUCAAAAAAGACCAGCAACAGGUAAAUCCUGACUGUACAAUAUUGAUCAAGUGUGUUACAUUGUCUAACCUUCACACUUUACUUUCAGGCUGUUUUUAGGUUUGUUUGUUUUUCUUUUUCCAGAGGUCAGAAUAUAGAUUUCCCAUCUGGGUAUCUUAGCUUUUAAUAGGUAGAUGUGGUUGUGUAGAACAGUGAAAUGAGGGCCUGCUUGUUUUUAUCACUUGCAGGACACUGUGCAGUAAAAUACAUAUGUAUCAUACACUGUAUUAUACCACAGUAUCAUGAGCUUCCCAUAACGUUAGUCAUUGGAGCUAUUGCAUAUUAAGUGGAAAAUUGGUUCAGUUCAUUCAUGAGUCACAUUGAUGUUUUUGGACUGUGAAUCCUCUCUCAGUAGAAUGGGAAAUAUUUAUCAUGGUCAUGAAAGAAGAGGUUUUUAACACAAUCGUCUUUAUUUGUGGGAGAACAUGCAGGACUGGUCCGCACCACAAAGGCUCUAUUGUCUACAAUGGAGAGGUAAUGUGGCAAAACUGAAGCAGUAUUGAUACACAUUAACAAAGCAACAGGUUGAACACGAUGGUGUUGUUUUUGUAUUAUUAGUAUAAUAACGUUAUUUAUAAUUACGCAACCUCAGAAUUUCACUAACAUUUUAGUUUUGUGUUUUGCACACAAUGGCUUCAUUGUACAGGAAGCCGUGGGCUUGUGUGUUGGGUUUGUCCAUUGUUAUGUGUCUUGCAUCAGAGUUUUGGUUUGUUACUCUGAUGCAAACUUACAAUUUCUCACAUUUCUCAGUGUUUUGUCUGCUACAGCACUAUUACUGUAGCUCAUAUGACGGACUCAAAAGUAUAAAGCUAGGUUUUAUUCAUCUACAUAACUGUAACCUGCCUCACGAAACAGAUGACUGAGAUGACGCUACACUUUGUUCCGUUGAGUGGAUUGUUUUAUACUUUUUUGUACGUCUUACAACCUCAGCAACUGAAUCAACGUGGAUAAGUUCAGAGCAAAAUGUAUUAAUAACAUAAGUACUUUCUUUUGUAAACAGAUAUGACAAUAUUUUCUCACUAACUGUACAUGUGGUCUAAUUUAUUAGUAAAAAAAAAAACAAUAUCAGACACUGUCGAAUUUUUACUUUAUUUAAUUUGUCUAACGACAUAGAAGUAACAUUAUGGGAUGGGUGGAGGAUUCCCUGUAAGACCUAAGGUUUAACAUCUUGUGUGUGUAACCAUUAAUGUAAUUUAGUUUGAGUCACAAAAUAAAAUGUUGGCUCAUA